AUGAUCCCGACGCGCGGCCUGCGGGCCUCGCAGAGCCUGGCGGGGCCGGGGCGCGUGCGCGGCCGGCCGGUGCCGGUGCUGCCGGCGCGCCUGCUGCGCAACACGCUGCCGCCGGAGCCGGCGGCCGGCGGGUACCCGGUGCCGCCCGAGACGACCCGCCGCGCGCCGCUGCUGCCCCCCCGGUACACGCCCAAGAAGGUGUGGCCGCCCGACUUCUCGCGCCUGUCGGAGCGCGAGCAGUUCCGCUUCGAGCGCCGCUACAAGCGCCGCGUGCUGCUCGCGACGGCGCGCCCGCGCUGGGACCGCGCCGUGCGCCUCGCGCAGUGGGCCUGCAUCGUUGCGCGCGCGCGCGCGCGCGAGCGAGCAGGAUUUCUCGUCUACAUCGUCCUGUUCUUCGACGCCGGCGAGGGCCGCGAGCAGCCCUUCCAGGGGAUCCGCGACCAGUUCUGGGAGCUCUUCGCCGCCUUCUCGCCCGAGCAGCGGUACGUCCGGCGCGCAGACCCGGCUGGCGUCGAGGCCGCGACGGGCUUGAAAGCCGAGCAGCGGCAGCGGUAG